CCACCGGCACCUCCAGCAGCUGCCAACUUCCUUGUCUCUUGCUUUCCAUUCCAAGCCAGCUUGGAUGAGGGCGUUAAAGAAGGCAGUGCUAUAAGAGUCUUCUUUUUGCUACCCUUCCAUCCACUCUUGCGCUCUCUCUGUUCGCAACCGCUGAAGCAAUCGCGGCUGCUUUCACCAUGACGGCUCACACGACUCACGGCAAUGCGUUGCAGGCCAACUUUGACGUCGAUUAUGUGAUUUGUUAUAGAUUCCAGGAUACUGAUAAAGAGAAGGCACAGGCCGGCUUCGAGAAGCUUAUCCGUGCUCUGACUGAUGUGGGGCUCGCGACCGCCGUUAGGCCAGGAGACGAUUGCUCGGUGCUCGUCUUCGUGAAGAUGUAUUCUGAGGGUCAUUUAACUGGAGAGAUCUACAGGUCGAGAGUCAAAGAUUGGUUGCACGGAGUCCGCGCUGCAGAACCGGACAAGGAGACCCAGUCAUCUUUGAGCAAGGAACCUGCAGUUGAGUCUGAACGACUGAGGCUUGUAUACGCACGCAUCACAGAUCCCAGCGUUGAGGGUGGAGCCGGCAUCACACCGAAGCAGGGCGAAUGGAAGAAUGUCGAAUCUGUUUUUGCGCUCCACGACCACACUUUCAAUAAGGAAUGGAUCAAGAAAUGGAGCACUUCCUCAACGCUCACUCUUGAGGACCUUGAUGAUAUAAGAAACAAAUUUGGCGAAAAGGUUGCAUUCUACUUUGCAUUCCUUCAGACCUACUUUGCCUUUCUUCUCUUUCCAGCGCUCUUCGGUUUCUCCUGCUGGGUCCUCCUGGGAUACUUUUCUCCCAUUUACGCAAUCGUGAAUGGUCUGUGGUGCAUUGUUUUUGUCGAGUACUGGAAACAUCAGGAGAAGGACCUUGCUGUGCGAUGGGGAGUCCGCGGGGUCUCUGCGAUUGAGACUAUUCGAGCGAGCUUCAGGCCCGAGAAAGAGGAAAAGGAUCCUGUGACAGGUGAAAUGGUUAAAAUUUUCCCAGCAACCAAGCGUUUCAGUCGACAAGUCCUGCAGCUGCCCUUUGCCAUUCUGGCUAGCGCAGCACUGGGCAGCAUCAUCGCUACCUGCUUUGCCAUUGAGAUUUUUAUUACAGAAGUCUACAAUGGCCCCUUCAAAUCAGUCUUGGUUUUCCUACCAACUGGUCUUCUGACCAUCCUUCAGCCCACGAUAUUGGCUCUGUUGACUGCCAUUGCCCGCAAACUCAACGACCUUGAAAAUUAUGAGACCAAUGAUUCUUACGAAGCUGCAAUGACGCAGAAAAUCUUUGUCCUCAACUUCAUCACUUCCUAUCUUCCCAUUAUCCUCACCGCUUUUGUUUACGUACCAUUUGGCAGUCUGCUUGUUCCUUACUUGGACGUCUUCAGCUUAACAGUCAAACCCUUUGCUGAGCACGAGAAGCAACUUCAAGUUCCUCAAUCUGGCUUCACCAUCAACCCUGAUCGGCUUCGCAAACAGGUCAUCUAUUUCACCGUAACUGCGCAGAUUGUAAAUCUCGGCAUGGAAGUCGUUCUUCCCUAUGUCAAGCGUCGUGGCUUUAACAAGUACAAGGAGAUCAAGAGCGAGCGUGCUGCUAAGAAGGGAGGUGCCACUCCUUCCUUGAGCAUCAAUGAUAUCCCUGAGGAAUCAGCGUUCUUGACUCGCGUUCGCAAUGAGGCGGAGCUGGACCACUACGAUGUCACUGACGACCUCCGAGAAAUGUGCAUUCAGUUUGGCUAUCUCGCUCUCUUUUCUGUCGUCUGGCCUCUUACAGCAGUCUCCUUCCUCAUCAACGACUGGCUUGAACUCCGCACAGAUGCAAUCAAAAUCUGCAUCGAAAUGCAAAGACCAAUUCCCUGGCGCGCAGACUCUAUCGGACCAUGGCUCGACAGCCUCAGCUUUCUGUCCUGGUUUGGCAGUAUCACAAGUGCUGCACUCGUGUACAUGUUCAGCGGUGACUCCAUGGGUCCUAGCGGCACCCCACAAAGCAUCAAGGGUUGGGUCCUUCUCCUGAUAAUCUUCUUCUCCGAACAUAUUUAUCUCGUUGUACGACUUGCCGUCAGCACGGUCCUUGCCAAGAUGGAGUCUCCCGGCCUUGCCAAGGAGCGCAAGGAGAGAUACCUUGUGCGCAAGCGGUAUCUUGAGGAGUCGCUCGGUCAGGAAGCCAAGGCUGGCAACGCUCCAAUUACUACUACGGACCAGCAAUCCCAACCAGAGAAGAUUACUCGCAAGAGUCUCGAGGACGAGGCCCGUGAGGCUAGUCUCAGAGAGGCCAAGCCCGGAGAGCACUUUUGGGCGAGACAACGGGGCUGGCGAGAGACGUUGCAAGUCGGUGCGGACUUGAUUGCAAAGUCGGCGCCUUCGGAGUCGAAGAAGGACCAGUAAUAUCCGCUUUAUCACCCGUACGAUCCAUUGCAACAUUAAAAAAAGGCAAUACACCCGGCGAAAAGAAGUAAGCUCAACCAUGAGCUUUUGAACCACUAAGCUUUUGAGCAUUUUUUGCUUUAUAAGCUUCCUUUCUCAAGCGUAUUAUGAUAAUGACGGGAAGAGAAAAAUGGGCAUUCCCGCUGUCGCCUCCACGAAACAAAGUCCCUAAUAUUCCAAUGCCACUUAUCCCGCACCUAAACGCCCCGUGGUAUGUCCAGCAAUAACCAAGGAAAAGAUUAUAGGAAAGUAAUAUAUACAAUGAAAUCAUCCCAUGCAACCGUACAUG